CAAAACCCUAAAACCUAAACCCUUAAACCCCAUUGAAUGUUUGUGCACUAUUUCUUUCCAACGAAAACCCAAAUUCGUGAAGAAACGCAAUUCGCUCAAGAAUCUAUCAAUGGUGAACUCCACAAUCUCUCUCGAGAAGGUGAAAUCCUUCUGGCAUUCUAUGGUCCACGAUGAGAAGUGGGCUCUCAAUGUGAAACUGAUGCGAGCCACUGCACUGUUUGCCGGAUCAAUUUUUCUUAUGCGCAAUUAUGGGGAUCUGAUGGCAAUAUGAAGAUGGAUCAAGCUCUCCUUCGCAGCUCAAACUUUCUACGACGUGAAGUAGCAAAUAUGUAGUUGACGCUACAGAUUUAUUAUAAAAAAUGAGUGCAGUUACAUUUGUGGAUGAAAUUUAGAAUUUUAGUGGACGCUUCGCAAUUUUA